AUGGCCCGUUACAGGCUUCACGUCCUUCCCCCCUCCCCCCUCCUCUUCCUCAUCGUACUUCUCCUUUCCUCACUCUCACUCUCGCCUAUCAAUUUGCCCCCACUCGCCUCUUCCCCGCUUCUUGUCGCCGCCGCCUUUUCUUCCGCCAAUGACUGCCUCCCCGGCGCCUCCGCCCUGUGCCAGCGCGCCGACGACCCCGCGCUCUGCCUCUCCGCCAUCUGCCGCCAUCACCGCGCAUCUUCCGCAGCUCGCGGCCGCGAUCUGGCGGAACAGUCGAGCGCCCGACGACCGUCGUCGCAAGCGUCGCAAUCGUCGCAUUCGCAGGACCUGCUGACGUCGAUGACGGUGGACGUGGCGCUCGGGGAAGUGAGCUUGCUGCGGGACCGCGCGGAGCAACUGUCGCGGAGCAGCGGCGAGGACCCUCCCAGCGCGAGAGAGAGCCGCGUCGCCAGAGACUGCUUGGAACAGCUCGACCGCGCCGCGGCGUAUCUCCGUCGCGCCUCGGCGUCUCUCAAGAACGGCGCGGAACCCGAGGGCCAGGCGUAUUGGAUCGGCGCGGCGCUCACGCUCACCUCGCACUGCUCCACCAACAUGGCCGCCGCCAGCGCCGCCGUCGCAGAAAACUCCGGGGAUGGCGGAGCGGCGGAGGCGCGCACGCAGGGGGAGGGGGAGGCGGGAGAACACGCAAGUUCCGCGGAGGUAGCGGACGUAAGUUCCUCGGAUGGCACGGGGGGAAUGCACGUGGCGCGCUUCAAGACGCGGGAGGAGGUCAUGCGGAACGCGCGCAGUCGGGACGGCGGACGAGUGGGCGAACGACCGGCAGGCGACACGACCAGUGGCAGCUUGGCAACCACGCAAAUCAUUGGCAGCAACGGCUGGAGCGGCGGCAGCAAGCGGAAGAACAACGACAUAGGCCCAGCCAGCGGCGGAGAGAAGAAAACGACGGGCGCAAAGAGCGGCGGAAAGAAUGGCGCAAAGAGCGGCGGAAAGAAUGGCGCAAAGAGCGGCGGAAAGAAGGGCGCAAAGAAGGGCGCGAAUAGCGCCGCGGCCGUGUGGAACGGCCUGGUGUCGAGAGUGCGGCAUCGCGGCGGCAAAAGCGGCGGCGGCGGCAGCAAUCAGCCUCUGGUGGAGCUGGACACGCCCCUUAUCGGGCACGUGCGCAUGGCGGAAGGCGGAACAGAGCCGGCGGCGGGGGGCGCAGCGGAAGGGGCGCUGGCGCACGGUAAAGAGGUGGCGCUGACGGCUAUAGCGCUAGGCGCGCGGGAUGGCGAGCGGGAUUUUGCUGGGGACGGAGAGGGCGACGCGGAAGAGGGCGGAAACGGAGGCGGCGGCAGCGGCGGCGGCGGGGGGGGUGGAGGUGAGGUGGAAAGCCCGUCGAAGCUCAAAGCAGGUCCCACCCUUCGCUACAUCUCAAACGCGCUCGCAAUAGUCACGUCGCUGAGAGACGAGGACGCGGACGGAGCGGAGCGGCCAGGGAACCCCAUGCACGCGCGGCGCAAGGGACUGCAGGUUGACGGGCGGCGGAAACUAUCCCAGCGCCAAGCGCGGAAGGCACAGGAGGCGCGAGAAGCGCGGGAGCUGUAUCGUGCCAUACGUCACACUUAUCCUACCCCCUUUCCCUCCUCCUCCUCCUCCUCUUCCUCCUCGUCUUGGCUCUCAAGCCGCCGGUCCCGCAGGCUGACGUCAUCGGCUGCGGCAAAAUCGGCGGCGCGGCCGACGUGGGUGCGCGAGUCGGAGUACGGGGAGCUGCGGGAGCUGCAGCGCUUCAUGCGCGUCCACUACGCGCGCGCGGAGGAGCUCUUGGCAGGAAACCUAACGGCUCUCUGGGAGGCGAACCGCGGGAGGCGGCUCGCGGCCGUGGGCGCGAAGUUGCCAAAAUUAAAGCCGGAUUUUAUCGUGUCCAAGACCGGGAAACCCGGGCAUUGCAGGACGGUGCAGGAAGCUGCGACGAAGCUCAUCGCGGCGUACAAGCCACCGCCGACGCGCUUCGUGGUGUACAUCAUGAAAGGGACGUACGCGGAAAAGGUCCUGCUGAACAAAAACGGCGUGAUUUUUCUAGGCGAAGGCGCGAAGGACACGGUGAUCACGUACGGCGCGAGCGUGAGCAAGGGGUACACGGCGUUCGACUCGGCGAGCGUGGGAGUGAACGCGGACGGGUUCACCGCCAUGGGCCUCACGGUGGUGAACAACGCGGGGUCCGCGGCGGGGCAGGCCAUCGCGCUGCGCACGGAGGGGGAUAAGUCGGCCUUCUACGAAUGCGUGUUCCUGGGCCAUCAGGUGCGCCGCGCGCUGAACCGCGCUGCGGUUGGGUGGUGUAGGAAUGGGUCUAGGUGCUAUGUGCACAGUUGUCUCAUCAUCCUUCUCUCACUCCCUCUUCUUUUUCUCCUCUUCUUUUCACCCUGCUUCCCCGCCGUACCAACCCCACUCACCACCCCUCCCCCUCUCUCCCCACCCGUUCCAUUCCCCCUGUCCCACGACACACUAGCACCCGAUGUGGGGCGGCAGUCCUUCCGCAACUGCACCGCGCGCGGCUAUCACGACGUCUCAAACCUCUUCCCCGCUCACCACACCCCUCCACCCCACCCCCGCCUCGCCCCUCCCCAGGACACGCUAGCGCCCGACGUGGGGCGGCAGUACUUCCGCAACUGCACCGUCCGCGGCACGAUCGACUUUGUCUUCGGCGUCGCAGCAGCCGUGUUCGAGGACUGCACGUUCAUAGUGCGGCGCAGCCCUCCGGGAUACUCCAGCACGGUGGCGGCGCAGGGGCGCGUCACGCUCAAAGACCCCUCCGCGUUUGUGUUCCUGCGCGGGAAGGUCGUGGGGGAGAGCGCGGGGCAGUACGGGUACCUGGCGCGGCCCUGGUGGCCCUACUCGCGCACCAUCUUCAUCCACACUUAUCUCUCGCCGGUGAGCUUGCUGCGCUGCCUUUGCCUGGCGGAACACCCCCUUUUCCUCCCCCGUCUCCGCCUUUUCACCCCCCUCCCACUGCUUGGCGCUUUCCAUUGCUGGCUACUCAACUCUCCUCUGUCUCCCAGGCUGCUCAACUCCCUUUAUCUCGCCAUCCUCCGUCCCCUCUCCCCCUCCUCCUCCCCCCCCCCCUCCCCUCAGGUGGUGGUCCCAGCAGGCUGGUUGGAGUGGUCAGAUGCCACCACCAAGACCAUCUGGGGCGGCAGGCCCUACUUUGCAGAGCUUGAAACUGCCAGAUCUUUUCAUCACUGGAUGUUCAUUGCCCCCCCUACCCCUCUCCCCCCCCCUCCCCCCCGCCCCCCUCAGGUGGUGGUCACAGCAGGCUGGUUGGAGUGGUCAGAUGCCACCACCAAGACCAUCUGGGGCGGCAGGCCCUACUUUGCAGAGUACGACACGACAGGGCCGGGGGCUAAGGGACGGAGAGUGGCGUGGGCGAGACCGGGCAAGCUGAGUGAGAACCAGGCGGAGGGGUUCAUGCCGAGCAAACUGCUGCAGCUGCGGACGUGGGUUGGAGAGACCAAGAUUCCAUACAGCCCGUGA